CCGUAUAUGCAGUUUUGCAGAGCAGAGAUCAUAUAUUUUACAGUUUUAAAGGGGUUUGAUGUAUCUGCAGCCACCAUAAUUCCAUAUCUACAGCUAUCUGAUUCUCUACAUAAUAAAGUACAUUAUUUUCUCUACAAAAGCAGUAUCAAAUGUAUGAACAAAUCCCUGGUCUGUCUGCUUUAACUCUUUCCACCUCAAAAAUGGCGGAAUACAGAAAUCUGCUUGUUCUGCUUUAACUCUUUCCACCUCAAACACGGCAGAAAACAAAACCCUUCAAAAGCACACAAUUCAAAACCAGUUAAACCCCACCGAAAGCUCAAACCGGACCCUAUUGCACCCUCCAAUUCAAGCUUCGAAUCUUUCCUUUCAAAAGCCAAAAUCAUUUCUUAUACAUUUCUCAGAAUAUAUAGAUCCCAAUUCACAAUGAAGCGCACCAGAUCAAAUAAAUCUCGUCAUGGACGACGAAAAAAAAGCUUUGCUACAGCAGCAGCCAACAUUCUUAGACAUUGAAGAUGUAGAAUUUUCAGAAGAAGCCAGUAUAAUUCGUGCGGUAAAUCGAGCCCUGAAUCUAACUGCCCAUCUGAACAACCUGCUGCCCACGGGCACAAUGCUAGCCUUUCAAGUGCUCUGCCCCAUUUUUUCCAACGGCGGGCAAUGUGACCACCUGCACAAAAUCCUCACAGCAGGGCUGUUAACUCUCUGCGGAAUUUCUUCUUUUGUGUUGUCUUUUACAGACAGUUUCAGGGCGCCUAAUGGAAAAAUCUAUUACGGCUUUGCAACGCCGCGAGGUCUGUGGGCGUUUGGGAGCCGGAAGUGUAAGGCUUUUGAUACAUCACGUUUUAGUGUUAGGUUUUUGGAUUUUGUUCACGGCAUUUUUUCUGUGUUAGUUGUGGUUUCUCUGGGUUUAGCCAAUUUUGAUGUUGUAGACUGCUUUUAUCCUGAAAUGCCGAGGAUUUAUAUGAAUUCUGUGCCAGUUGUGGCAGGGUUUGUGAUUAGUAUGGUGUUUGUCUUGUAUCCGAGCCAGAGACGAGGGAUUGGCCACGCUUCAAUGUAUUCAGGCCAAGAAAGUAUGCAGAUAAGAUAUUAUUACUGAUGAUUGUUAGAUUUGGCGGAAUUACUGUUUGGGAUUCAAUGUUGAGAAUUUUAGAUGUUUUAGGGUUUUCAAUUUUUGGGGGAUUUAUGUCAGUUGUCCAGUUCUUCGUUUUCAUCAAUUCUUUUCUCCCAAAUCUGAGUUUUUAAGGUCUGUUGGGGCUACAGAUUCUCAUCCAUUAUUUGAUUUUAGUGGGCAAUUGCACCUGGGGGUCUCUACAUGACCUCAUCAUUCUUGUGAGUGAAUUUUGGCACUGGCCCGUAAUGAUUAAAAGUUUAAACCAUUCUUAGUAUGGAGACUGUGCUAUGGUGAUUUGAACCAAAGCCUUAGAUUUAUAAACAUGGAUCAUACAUGGACUGUGUUAUGUCGUUGAAUGAACCAUAUGUUCUUCAGACUGUGUUAUCAUAUUAAGGAAGAUCACACUUAAGAAUGCUCUGAAAUUUUUUGAAAAAUUGAUUGAAAGUUUCAGUUCUUGUGGUAUUGGAUUUGUUUAAGAUUUUAAAAAAAUAAAAAUUGUUUGUUUUACUU